AUGAAAGUUCUACUCAUUCUUUCGACACUGUUCAUUGUUUUUCUGAUGAUUGAGGGCCGAACCCAUGUAAUCCUUUUGUUAUUCUUGUAGUCCCGCACAAUCUUUUUCAGCUGCUCGCUCCCGCUUCUUCUCUCAACUCGACCUCUUCGAUCACUGCCAAGCCAAUGACUGCAACUCCUUCUUCCCAGAACUUUCUGAUGUCUAUCCUGGAAUUUUGGAGCAAGUUCCACUCGAUGUUCCUGAAACUUGCUGAUUCUCAAAAGAGCACAAAUGGAACGGCAAAGGCGUGA